AUGACGAAGAUGGAGUACUGUACAGUUUGCGGGAAAAGCGGAGAGCUGCUUGUGUGCGACAGCAGAGACUGCCCGAACGUGUUCUGCAAAGACUGCGUGAUCACGUUUGACUCAGAGAAGGCUUACAACGAGAUCUUGAAGAAAAGUCCCUGGAAUUGCCACGUUUGCACAGGCGAACAUUUGGGCAUUUUGAAAUGCUGUGGUGAUUGGCAGGAACGGCUGCUAAAGAUAUUCAACUCAUCGAACAUAUCUGACGAAGUGGAACUGACACUCAUUCCUGAAAAGAGAUAUCCCAUUCGAGUGCUCUCUUUGUUUGACGGAAUUGGCACUGGCAAAGUCAUAUUGGAUCAGCUCGGAUUAGAAACUGAAGUCUACUACUGCUCAGAAAUCGAUGCUGAAGCUACGCUUGUCACGAAAGUGAACCAUCCUGAGAAAGUCGUUUACCUCGGGGACGUACGUUCCAUCAACCUCAAGACGGUGCGAAGGCGUUGUUUUUAUUUUUUUAUAUUAAUUCUGAGUAUUUAAUU